AUGCGUCGUGGAAGACCUCGAGGUCGUGGUCGAACUUCAGUCGGAAAAGCAGCAGCUAAAUCAUCACCAACAUGCCUUGGUCGUAAUCGAGGGCGUGCAAAACCAACUGGUAGUUUGACGAAGUCCGCGAAAUCCUCGAAAGCUUCAAAAUCCAAGGAAAGUCGAUUGGCAUGGGAUGAAAGUGAUGAAGAAUAUGAUAGACCUGAUUACUACACCGAUUCAUCGGGUGAUUUCGAUAGUGAUACUUCCACUGCUCGAAGAAAUUCUGCAGCAAUAGAUUUUGAAGACGAAGCAGAAGAUGAAGAGAUAGAAGAAACAUCAUCCGUGGCAAGUCGAGUUCCAACACCUGGUGGAUUGCUUUUUGAGGCGGACGAAUCUCUUGAAUGUCCAUGGCUUGAAAUUCCAGCAGGACAACUACCAAUAUUGAAAUUGCCGAAAGGAAGCGAGGAUUUAUUGAUCGAUGAAAAAUAUUUGCUUGAUGCUCUUGAGGUUUAUGAAACGUGUCGCUGGUACUACCGAGCAAUUCGACUUUCUCCAUUUCUUUUCGAAGAUUUUUGCGCUGCUUUAAAUGCGGAAAGUCAAACAAAUCUUCUAGCUGAAAUACAUAUUGCACUAUUGAAACUGUCAUUAAAAGAUGAUGAUGAUGAACAGAUCAUUCUGUCAGUUCAGGAUACAAACAGCAGUUUCAACAUCAUGCUUCAACUGCUUGAACCAAUGACAUAUGCUGAGGUACUUCGCCAGUAUUUGGAAAGCGAUUCACAGCGUUUCCCCGCUAAGGUUCUUGAAGCAGCAAGCGGAAAUUAUCCAUUUGUUGAUGUGGGACGGCGACUUAUAGUUCUUUCAUGGCUUUGCGAUCGUUUCUUUCAAACUAACGAAUACCGAAAUAUUAUUAGAAAUGAGGGGAAGUUAACAGUAGAUGAGCAUUGUCGUGAAUGUGGAAAACCAGGCGAUGUUUUACUCUGUGACGGUUGUGAAGCGUGCUAUCAUUUGUCAUGCACAGGUCUGGCUGAUGUACCGGAUGGAAAGUGGUUGUGUCAAGUGUGUGAAUUGCAUAAGGUACGCGGCGUAACAGAUUGUCAACUCCCAGGUUACCGGUUGCCGCGUAUGCCAAUGCGCUUCAAACCUUUAGGGCGGGAUCGUCACGGUCGUCUUUAUUGGUUUAUGGUGAGACGCAUAUUUGUGCAGGAUGAUACGGACGGUUCUGUGCAUUACUAUAGCACUCUUCCUCAACUUUAUUUCUUAUUGAAUAUGCUUUCUGUGACUGAAUAUGAAAAACGUUUGGCAGCCGUGUUUAUGGAUCUUCUUCCUCUUAUUGAAGAACAUAUGCGAACAACGCUACAGCUUACUGGUGACUACGGUCGAAGCGCAAGAACUAGAAAUAAAAUUGAUUUGUAUUUACAUGCUGAUAAUGUUAUAAGAAUGGGUGAUAUUUUGGCAAAACCAUUGUUUAGUCAAUUACGAGAAAGUGAUGAUGAACGGGUAGUGGUUACAAUUGGUUCUGCAAAACAUGUGGAAGUGAGCAAAUAUCUUUUACUCUACAAGACAGAGGAACUGUUGGGAUUUACAGGGAAUUGCUUGAAGGAUACAUUUUGGACAGCUGGCAUGCAAACUCAUGAAGUGAUUACGAAAAAGGAAGUAAUCGAAACAACUUUUCGUACAGCUUCAGUCAACGGUGGCACUGAGAAAGUCCAUUCUAUGGAUUUUGGAUUUAGGCUUGGAGAAGGUGAUACUUUGGCACGUUACGUCAAUCAGUAUAGCAUCAAUGAAUAUGCCAAAAAUCCUGUUCAAAGAGCCAAAGAAAGAGAUAGAAAAAAAUACAUGUCGGGAAGGUUUUCGCUUAUGGACGAAGGAGAAUUCGAGUGGACAGUAACGAAGGGGCGUACUCUCUCUGGAACACCAAUUCAAAUUGGAAAAAUAAUACAAAAUUCAAUGGAAAGUUUUGCUCAAAAAAUACCAUCAGUUUUAAUGCACCGUUUAUGGAAACGUGAUGGCUUGGAUUAUUUUAAGAAGGGACUUAACGCUCCACCAACAGUUGAAUUGUUGAAAGACUUAUUAUUGCGCUUCGAAUGUGCAAUUCGGAGACCAGUUCUUCAUAGUGUGUGGUGGAAUACACUAGGGCACACUCGGUUGAUACGUAUAACAGUGGAAGAUCGUGAACGACGUCAGCGUUACGAGACAAAAAAAAAGAAACAGGAAAGGGAGCUUUGGACAGCAGAACCAGAUGAUGACGAAGUAAUUUGGGUGAAACACCUUAAGGUUGGUUCAAUACUUAAAAGAACUUUAUGGCGACAGAAUGAUGAAGGUUAUCGAGUGAAUGGUCGCGGUGCUCUCGGUGGUUGGCUAUGGAAAUCUAAAACAUUUCACCGGACGUUUAUUCCACUAGCCGAAAAGCCGAAUAUUGGUGGAAAUUUAGAACCCACCACAUUGGCAAAUAGGAAAGCAAUUCGUCUAGAAAAAUUUGUUGGACGUUUAAAUGAGUGGAGAACUGCAGAACUGGAAGGCGAAGAGCGGAUGGGUAUGAUGCCGUUACCGAUUACCUCGGAGAAUGACAAUGUUCAAGGUUGUUAUAGUCUCGCAUGUCGCCAAGCUGUGUUGCAAUCGAUGGGAAGAACCACAAGUGGCGUUGUACAUGCACGGCCUGCAUCAUCACCAGCAUCAAAAUCUCGGCAAGAAAAUGAAAAGCGUGUGAGAGCGCCAGAGAUGAAUAAGCCAUUUCCGCUCCCAGUUCCAUUUGAUUAUCGAGUCAGACGUACUGGCGAACAAAGUUUAUUAGUUUUGCCACAGAGAGCUUUAAAACGUUUGGCUCGCCAGGGCGGAGUGAAUUUGAAUUAUUUCGCUCCUGGAUUCCAUCGUAUGGCCAAAAGUAACAUUCAAGUAUGGAAUUACCCUUGUCAACGUCCGCUAUUUGAUAAUUGCUGGAGAUACUCAGUGUUACGCGCUCAGUCAUACCAUUCUGUUGCUCUUCACCUUCGGAUUCUCUAUGCAUGCAUUCGAUGGGCUGAUAUGCAUCGCGAACCAGACGAAGAUUUUCGGGUUACAGUCCAUCUUGCGGACCAUGAUGAAGUGCGAACAGUAAUUGGCCAUAAGGAAUAUCCACCAGACGGUAUGUAUGAGCAGUAUAAGCUUAGUGUGGAGUUGAUUCCUCUGGAUGACAAUAUUGAUAUGGAUGAUGUUAAUGAAGGCUUAGGAAGUGUCGCAUAUCAUCCAUCAAAAUCGUUGGAGAAAUCUUUACGUAAAAGAAAAGUAAUGAGAGGUAGAUCGGAAAACGGAGCGGUGAGGAAGGAUCAUGUGAAAGUGAUUGAACGAUGGAUCGAUGGGGUCGAGUUAAAACCCUGGGAAAUAGCUAAUUAUUGGAAGAAUGUCGAAAAUAGAACAAGACGUAUUUUGGCUGCACCAUCGGUUGUUACAGUUGGCAAUAAACUUUCUACGUCAAUUGUGAAACAUUAUGAGUCUCCAAUAGUCCAUUCUAAUCGUAUGUCUGCUGAAAGGCGUCGUCCGCAACCGAGACGCAUACAGGACUAUGAUUAUGAUAUAAAGGAUGAUGAGGACGAUGAAGAUGACGAUGAUGAAUAUGUCGACGUCGAAACAUUGCCAAAUAUUGCUGAGACGAAAUCAAUUUCGAGUUUAGAACCAAGACCAAAAAUUCCACGAUUAUCAGAGCAGCGGUCGGAAAGACAGUUGAGGGAAAGUCAGCAUAAAGCGCAGUGGCAAAAUCUGAAUGUACAUCGUCAGUAUGAACAGGUGCCAAGGCGGCCAGGUGAACUGCUAGGAGGAGGAAAAUAUACAAUGUUUCAGAAGUCGGAUGGUACUUUGUGCCGUGUAAUGGUAUAUCAGAAUCGCCCAACGCAAGGAACCAGGACAAUCAGUACUCCAGGAUCUGUUCACUCUUCACCAGUGAUAACCUCACAGUCAAGAGCUGGAAACAGUCAACGUGAAUCACUGCGAAUACCAGUCACUCGAAGAAUUGUAUCAGUGCCAGGCUCAAGUCAUAGUUCUCCUAUGCCACCGAUGGGAAAAAGAUUGCUGUUGAUUCGCCGAAGCGAUGGCACGACGCAAUAUUUACGGCCAGUUACUAGUGGCACAGGUACACCCGGUGCUUAUCGAGCGAUCCGUACAACACAAGAGGCCCCAAAAAUUUGCAAAAUUAUUGCUACGGAGUUGAUAUCAUUUCAGGCUGGUGGUGCAACAAUAAGUGAUGUUCGAGGUCCUCCAACAAGUUCUUCGUUUGUUCGUCCAGUCGGUGCUACUCGAACUGCCUUCACUGGCAAUCAAUCAAUGGGAAGAGUUGUACGAUUACCUGCGCGAACAGUAGCAGUAGUAAAUCAUCCAUCCGCUUCCGGAAAUCAAACUUCGUCUACAGUGCGAAUUGGCCGAGUGCAGUCGAAUACAAAACCAAGAGAGGAUGAUGAAGUGCGCGAACAUAAUAGUCCGACUACAGCACAGGUAGACGAAGAGUAUCGUUUAUUAACAGAAAAAGGUCGCUCCUCUGGAAAAACAUCUGGAUCAGUUCCAAAUUCUGGAAGUGGGCGUGCUGUUAGCAAUACAAGACCAGCUGUAACAGUUCAGCCGAGGCAAGGUUUAGCAACAGUAGUGCAUUCAUCUCUGGAGCAGCAGACAUCAUCAGGUCAAAUAUUUGGUGACCGUGAUCCUAUGAUAAGUGGUGGUUACUACAAUAAUGAUGACCUGCAAGCCUAUAGCGGGAUUUGA